AUGGCGCCUCAUCCCUCGGGUGUACCCACUGUCCAAGCGAACCCUGAGACGGAGCAAAACUUCUCUGGAGCCUGGGACGAAGUAACCUGCACCGAGUCCGCCCCGCCCAGCCCCACUCGCAAGCCCUCGGACUGCGCCGAGGCGGAAGGGGACGGCUGCCGAGGGGCCACGAGGAAGCUCCGGGCUCGGCGCGGGGGGCGCAGCCGGCCCAAGAGCGAAUGGGCCCUGAGCAAGCAGCGACGGAGUCGGCGCAAGAAAGCCAACGACCGCGAGCGCAAUCGCAUGCACAACCUCAACUCGGCUCUGGACGCGCUGCGCGGCGUCCUGCCCACCUUCCCCGACGACGCGAAGCUCACCAAGAUCGAGACGCUGCGCUUCGCCCACAACUACAUCUGGGCGCUGACUCAGACGCUGCGCAUAGCGGACCACAGCUUCUACGGGCUGGAGCCGCCGGCGCCGCCCUGCGGGGAUCUGGGCAGCCCGGACGGCGGUUCCCCCGGGGACUGGGGCUCCCUCUACUCCCCGGUCUCCCAGGCUGGCAGCCUGAGCCCUGCCACCUCGCCGGAGGAGCGCCCCGGGCUACGGGAGUCCUCCUCCCCGGCCUGCCUGCGCCCGGGCGCCCUGGCUUUCUCAGACUUUCUGUGA